AUGGAUAAUGCACUGCAUGAUGCAAGUUUGCAAUCAUCGGUUGAUAUGAGUGAGCAGCAAGAUGGAGGAUUUUUUGCAGAAGAACCUAAAGAAAACAAUGUUUUCACUAAACACGUACUCGAGGACGAUCUUCUGCAGCUACCGCUUUUCCUCAAUAACAGGUGCAUGUAUUGCAAUAAUAUGCCUAUUGACACUGAGAUAUGGAAGACUUUCGAGAUACCUGUGUGCAUCCCAUGCAGACAUAAAAUGCUGAAGCUUGUUACAAAGACAGCGUGUCUUGACGACUAUCUUCUUGCAGAGGAGGAUAUAAAGACGUUCAAGUAUCUUGAAAGGCCUAAUCCUCGUAAGGGCACAUGGUCAAGGAUGUACCUGUAUUUGCAGGAACAGAUAGAACAAGCAGCAAUAUCGAAGUGGGGAUCUCUGGAUGAGAUAGAAAUAGAAAAGAUAAGGAAAGGUAGGAAAAUUGAGGAGAGAAAGACAAAAAGAUUAAAGGCAAAAAUAGGUAAUUUGAGAAGAAUGACUAGAAUACCAAUUGUAGACAACAAAAAACACGUGCAUGUGUUUUCUAAUGAUGGUGCAGUCUCUAAGUGUUCAUGCGGAUUGACUGUUGAGCAGGAAGAAAUCUAA